AAUGGCACACGUCUCCUGCAGCUGCCUCCCUGGUCUCGCUCUUUUCCUCACAGGAUUCCUCUACAUUUUCACUCCCCCUCCCGUCCACUAUCUAAAGAAUCGCUCCCCCUCUGUGUCACAUCAUUUUCUUUUACCGGUCAUGCAGGGAAGGAGGGGGAGCGAGUGGACGGGAGGCAGAGCGAGACUUUGUAGUGUAAGGGAGGCAGAGCGAGAUUUAGGCAGUGUAAGGGAGGCGGAGCGAGACUUCAGACACUGGACGGGAGUGAAAAUGGAGCCGAAUCCUGUGAGGAAAGCGACACCAGGGAGGCAGCUGCAGGAGACUUGUGACAGGAGUGAGAGAUGCGAUGAAGGAAAGAGAAGCCCUUCAUCGCAUAAAACGGAAUGUGGCGUCACUGCUGUCACUGAACGAAGACAUCUGAUGAUGAUGAUGAUGAUGAUGAACUGGUUCAUAGUGAAAUGGAUUUCCUUAUGUCUCAUCUCUGAGAUCCUGGGGCAGCAGAUCGAGGAGAAAAGUCUAACAAUGAGCAGCGGUGUCUUCGAUGAUCAAUAUGAAACCUGUGUUGACAAAAUGGAAUCCAAAAUAUUAGAGGGGCUGUUGGUUAAGGAAAAAAAUAAAAACUCAGAUCUGGACAAAGCCUGGAAUGAAGCAGCAAAGAAAUGGGAAUCAAAAAAAGGACAAGUUAGUGUUCCGAGGGGCUUCCGAGAUGAAUAUGGCAUCGCACUUAUGGUGUACAGUAAUAAUAAGAGUAACGUUUAUUCCAAUUUCAAUAACGCCGUGAGAAACUAUCAAAAUACUACAUCAGAUAAUUUCCCUUAUCACUCUCUCCACUUCUUCCUGACGAGAGCAGUGCAAGUGCUGAGGUCCAGUUGUUGGUGGAAACCUUGGUCAGUCUAUAGAGGGAUGAAAGGGGUCCACUUCCAGCAUGAACAGAACAUCAGGUUUGGCCAGUUCUCCUCUUCUUCCACCGACAAGCAAGUCGCCCUGGGCUUCGGCAAUCAUUCCUUCUUCACCAUCACAAGCUGCUUUGGAGUUGAUAUUAGAAGGUUCUCCUACUUCCCGGAGCAAAAAGAGGUUCUGAUUCCAGUGGACGAGGUGUUCAAAGUGAUUAGCCUAACAAAGCAAGGAAACUCCUACCAAUAUGUGCUUGAGACCACCAAGAGAAGGUGCCACCACUACAACUGCCAUAACCUAAUAGGUGGGUACAAUGGAGACUGUGUGUACAGCAGGGGAGUGAAGAUGAGCACAUCACUAGUGAUACUUUCCCUUUUGUUUGGAUUCCCUUUUUUCCUGCUUCCACUUCCAGUUUUCUAGGAAUCCCAGUGGGACUUGCCCUCCUGGGAUGUUCAGCUCAGAGACCCCCAGGCCUUCAUGAAGCAGAACAAGAUGAGUUACAGAGAGAGAAGCACCGCCAUUCUACCCAUUGUUUAUAAGGAAUGUGCUAGACACAUAUAUAUAUAUAUACAUACAAUAAUGCUAGUAAAGUGAAUUGUUCAUCUCUA